CUCCGCCCCUUUCGCUUCGCGUAGGCCUCUCCCCUCGUUGCGGCUGCCUCGGGCCACGCCCCCUCCGGAGCCGAGGCACGCGCCGCGCGUCACGUGCGCUUCCACCCGGCGAGCGGAAAUGACGCGAGUCCUGCGCGCCGUCAGUAUGGCCGGGCUAUGGCGGCGGGCACAGGCUACGUGAGACUGUGGGGAGCGGCGCGGAGUUGGGCGCUGCGGCGGCCGAUACUGGCCGCCGCCGGGGGGCGGGUCCCCACUGCCGCCGGAGCGUGGCUGCCCAAAGGCCGGAGGGCCUGCGAGGCCUCUCCUCCUUGGGCGCAGUGGGGCGGAGGCCCGGCGACUGCGGGCCAGUGGCGGGGGUUUUGGGAGGCGAACAGCCGCGGUAGCAGCAGCGCAUUCUCGGGGGGCGAGGAUUCCUCCGAGGGCGGCGCGGAAGAAGGGGCCGGGGGCACGGGGAGCAGUGCGGGCGGUGGAGAAGGCCCGGUCAUAACGGCGCUCACGCCCAUGACGAUCCCCGACGUGUUCCCGCACCUGCCGCUCAUCGCCAUCACCCGCAACCCGGUGUUCCCGCGCUUUAUCAAGAUUAUCGAGGUUAAAAAUAAGAAGUUGGUUGAGCUGCUAAGAAGGAAAGUUCGACUUGCCCAGCCUUAUGUCGGCGUCUUUCUAAAGAGAGAUGACAACAAUGAGUCCGACGUGGUCGAAAGCCUGGAUGAGAUCUACCACACGGGGACAUUUGCCCAGAUCCACGAGAUGCAGGACCUUGGGGACAAGCUGCGCAUGAUCGUCAUGGGACAUAGAAGGAUCCAUCUCAGCCGACAGCUGGAGGUGGAGCCCGAGGAGCUGGAGGCCGAGAGCAAGCAGAAGCCGCGCAGGAAGGCGAAGCGGGGAAAGAAGGAGGCAGAGGAUGAGCUGGGCGCCCGGCACCAGGCCGAGGUGGCAGGGGAGCCGAGCCCUGAUGCCCCCGGCGAGGUCCUCAUGGUGGAAGUGGAGAACGUCGUCCAUGAAGACUUCCAGGUCACGGAGGAGGUGAAAGCCCUGACCGCUGAGAUUGUGAAGACCAUCCGGGACAUCAUCGCCUUGAACCCUCUCUACAGGGAGUCAGUGCUACAGAUGAUGCAGGCGGGCCAGCGGGUGGUGGACAACCCCAUCUACCUGAGCGACAUGGGCGCUGCAUUGACCGGAGCCGAGUCCCACGAGCUGCAGGACGUCCUGGAGGAGACCAACAUCCCCAAGCGGCUGUAUAAGGCCCUCUCCCUGCUGAAGAAGGAGUUUGAGCUGAGCAAGCUGCAGCAGCGCCUGGGGCGGGAGGUGGAGGAGAAGAUCAAGCAGACGCACCGCAAGUACCUGCUGCAGGAACAGCUGAAGAUCAUCAAGAAGGAGCUGGGCCUGGAGAAGGAGGACAAGGACGCCAUCGAGGAGAAGUUCCGGGAGCGGCUCAAGGAGCUUGUGGUCCCCAAGCACGUCAUGGACGUCGUGGACGAGGAGCUCAGCAAGCUGGGCCUGCUGGACAACCACUCCUCAGAGUUCAAUGUCACCCGCAACUACCUGGACUGGCUGACGUCCAUCCCGUGGGGCAAGUACAGCGACGAGAACCUGGACCUGGUGCGGGCCCAGGCGGUGCUGGAGGAGGACCACUACGGGAUGGAGGAUGUGAAGAAGCGCAUCCUGGAGUUCAUUGCCGUCAGCCAGCUCCGCGGCUCCACACAGGGCAAGAUCCUCUGCUUCCACGGCCCCCCAGGUGUGGGCAAGACCUCCAUAGCCCGCUCCAUCGCCCGCGCCCUCAACCGCCAGUACUUCCGCUUCAGCGUGGGGGGCAUGACCGACGUGGCGGAGAUCAAGGGGCACAGCUCCUGGUCUCCAGCGUCCUGGCCAGAGUUCCAAGGCCAGUGUUUGCCGUGUAAGCCCUGGUCCUCGUGGCUGUGUGGCCAAGGCCCCAGGCUUGAGGUCAGCCUUCUCGAGGCUUAUGGGCUAGAAUAGGGGACAAGAUGGUCUCCCAGCGAGGAUGGGCUGCACACACCAGAGAAGCUCGCACCCAUCAGUCUCUCCUCCCUGGUCGGCCUCAGGCCUGUACCAGGGGCUGCCACUCUCUGCACUCAGGGUCUCCCUCGCCUGGCCCUUGGGUGGGCAGCCGGUGUUGUCUUCUGCUGGGCUUCCUGCCUCGCCUGCCUCUGCAGACGGUGGCUCUGGAAAACCGUAGCCCUGUGAGAGACGGGCGUAAAGCACCUGCUUUAGCUGGCCACCUGUCUCCACCCUGCACAGUGUUGAGUCUGUAUUAAAAUGUUAAUGUUUCUGUUUCUGUAA